GCAAUCUACCUUUGUCCCCACGACACGUGAUCGUGCUUCCUCUGUUUUGCCAUUCGCAGUACUUGUUUUCGUAGGUAAUUAAUGGCUAGCAGUUUUCGGAAGUGCGGACACAUAAGUCAUGCUGUGGAAGAUCAAGGUAUAUCCUGAACCAGGAAGGUCUCUCAUGACAUUUCACUAACCACAACAGCAAUGGAUAGCAUCAACAAAUCUUGUACAAGUGUAGCGCAAGAAGAUCUUAUGACAGGAGAAGGGCCAGUAGACUUUCAAGAUGGAGGAACAGCGGAGUCAUGUCAGGAAGAAGGAGAGGUGAUUGGAUAUUUUGAACUAGACCCAUCAGCCGGACUUCAGCUUAUGCAAGGCGAAAAUACUAUAUACUUGCCACCAGAAGCAUUGGGAGAGCAUGUCUUGAUGUCUGAAGGUGGCAAAGGUUGUCAACAGAUCAUAGUAGUUGUUGAAGAGGGAACAGAGGGCACUGUGACCGGUUUAGUUCCAAGCACUGCGGCUGAAGCAUCGUUUAGUGAAGAAUGUGGAAAUCCAUUUGAUGGAGAGGCCUUUGAUGUUCAACAGCAUUUCUCAGACGAUACACAAAUACAGUCAGAACAUGGACAUCAGCAGGUUCUCGUGCUCCAAGAGCAGAAUGGUACUAUUGAUAGAGUAGAUGAGGACAUGAUAACCCUGAUGGAUGAAUCCAGUGCUCAUACUGCUGCUGCUGAUCAAAGAGUUCUCAUUUAUACAGAAGAUGGAUGUGAGAUACCUGAUGGAGCAAUGAAAUCAGAUGUGGCCGUUGGGAGUGGGAUAGAAAUGGCAGAUAAAAGCCCUAAAUCGCUAGGGGUAGAAGAAGAAAAGGAGCAUAUUACAGUAAAAGUUGCAAGCAUUGGUGAAAAUCUUGCUGAGGAAAGCAAGUCCGCAACCAUUUUAGAGUCUGCGAAAUUAAAUUCUCACAGUGAUAAAGACUCACACUAUGAAUCUCCUGAAUUGAAUCUGCCAUGCUCCGAUCCGGUCAAAUUAUCGAGGGAACCACAACUGACAAAGGAAAUAGCUGACGGGAAUGUUUCAGUUGCAGCGGAUAGCAUAGCUUGUGUGCAGGAUAAUACAUGUAGUGACCUGCCAAGGGGAAAUGUGACUAAUGCUUCUGAAGGUGAUGCCACAGAUAGUGUUUACGAAGACCCAGAUGACAUAAGCGAGCUUAUGCGAACACAAGUUCCAGAUAGUUCUGAAGAGUGUCAUGAUGGCAGAGUACCUGGGGCUGCAACUGAUGAUGCUAUCUGUAGUACAAGGGAAGGAAGUAGCAAUCAGUUAGCCAGUCCUAAACAGAAAUGCCAUAAAAACCAGGAUGAUGCUGUAGAGACAGCAGAACAGAUAGGAACAGGCAACAGCAAUGGGAGUUCAGUGAUUAGCACAAAUUAUUCAUCUCAGCAAGAGGAUUCUAUUGCAAAAAGUGCAUUUGAAUUGCAUAGAGAUUGUUCUGGUGCUAUGAACACUGUAGUUGCACCAGAUUUGAAUAUGUAUACGCCAGAAGAAAAUGUACCUUGUAAUUUUCCAUACACGAGCGUUACGUCACCACCAGUACAAAGUGAACAGGCAUUCUGUGUCAAAGGGUCUGAUUCUUUCCCUUCUCCAUUACUCAGUGACUACUCAACAGAAAUGAAAACCACAUUGAUUGGCACUGUAGCAAAAGAGCAUGACGUUUCGAAUGAGGUGUUUAGCAUUCCUAAUGUCUUGAGAGACAGUGAAACAGACGGAAAAGAUUCUGCAGCAGGGCAUGGUGUUGAGUUGGUGAAUGAAGGAAUGAUGGAGCAGUCACAUGAAGCAGAAAUUCCUGAAGGAGGCGAGGUGCACCAAAAUGCUGUGCCAGUUGAGCUGGAAGCUGUUCAAAUUGAUGGUUCAUUAUGUAGAAGUCAACCAGCAGCCAAGAGUCAGGUUCCACAGUACAGCUGCAAUACUCUCAAAAACUUGGCCACGGAAGUAAUAAACAAACAAACUAUGUGUGGAACAGGGGAAAAUAUGACAAGGUUAACAAUGAAACAUAUUGAGGACACAAACAGUCUGCACAUCACCGAAACCUUUCCUUUGGCUGAACCUGAGAGUUGCAAGAUUUUGCCUGCUGGGAAGAGAGAGCUUGGUAGUGAGACAGGGACGGAGGAAACGUUACCUGAUGAAAGUUUCCCAAAUUUUCCAGACGUGAAUAGCGAUAUAGGGUCCCUGCCCUACAGUAAUGGCGCAGGGCAUGUGCCGGAUGCCUCUAAUGUCUUUGAUACCAAAAAUGCUACUCUUGAAAUGGACACACCUGAACACAGUGUUUUACGAAGUGAAGAUAAGCCUGACGGAGAAAAUGAUCUCCCAACCAGCAUGGGACAUGGCGAAACAAAUGCUUCCCCUUCUGAUGUGUAUUGCCAUGGCAAAAUGGCCACCGAAAAUGAGGCGUUUGACGAGACAAAGGAUAAGGACAGGCAAAAGGAACAUGUGUCCUCAUCAGACUGUGAUCAGAAUUUCAAUAUGUCACCAAAAGAACAUGAAGGUAGACAGAAUGAUGCAGAAAGAGAAAGUUCUGCCAAAGUCAAUGAGACAGAAACUUCUCGCAGUAAUGAAGAAUCCCAUAAUGUGGAUAGUGAACGUGAUGCACGGUUUACAGAAAAUCCUGAGGGUGUGCAAGCUGAUGGUGUGGCUUGUGAGAAGCAGGCAAGGGAAGUGAAACACCCUGAGAAGCAACUGCCGCCUUCUAGCAUAGAGCGUACUGUAGGUGAAGAAUUGAUGGCAGCACUGGAGCUAGUGCCUUGUCAAGAGUCAUCACCACUCUCUGCAGUUGAUGACCAAGAGCUUGAAGAAAAAUUAGCAGAAAGUUCAACGAAGACACCCCCGAAGGCGGAAAGGAAGAGGAGGAAGAAACCAGAAGCCCAACCAGGGAACACCGAAGAUCCUUCUGCGGGUCAGAAACGGUGGUGCUUGCGUACGCCAACCAAACCUCGGAAGCGUAUGAUUAUCCCUGAUAGUGAUGAGGACGAUUUUGAUUCGUAUGAGUCCCUUGAUGCGCCUCAAGCCCAGAAGAGUAAGUCCGAAGAGGCAUUUGACGCGUUGCUAAAUAUAUUCAAAAUUGAACAGGCUAAGAAAGCUAACGAAAAAGUACUUCCCGUGAGUCAGGAUGAGAGGAAAGCUGGAACUGCCACAUCCAAACACCGAAGGGCAACUCGUUCUAAGAAAGAGAGUAUAAAGCAACCCACGAUCCCGCUGACCAGCACCCCUAUUAGUUACUGCAAAGCUCCCACUAAGAAUGUUGAAGCAUUUCCUGUAACAUCCACACCGUUAAAGCCAACCCGAAAGCAAAAGGCGUUACACAGGAAAAUUGUGACUCCCAAAAAGGCCUCCUCAGUUACUGGUUACGUGCUUCCUACUAGAAGCAUGCCUGCUGGAGACAUUCGCAUUCGUUGCCAGCGCCCAGCAUCAUCUCCUGACAAAGGUACUCCUCAGUAUCACUGCUCCAAAUGUGGCUUUCGUUCUGCACGAAUGGACAACAUUGUACGACACCACAAGGAAGAGUGUCCCCACACCAAGAACUACUUUAGGUGGAGCCACGAUAUUCUGAAGAGAGUUACUGGACUUGACAGCGACUACCAUGCUUCCUAAGCUUUGCACGUGACUGUGAUUAGCAGGAUCUUUAGGAAAAGCUGUGGUGGUCCCUUUAGCACAUUUCAUCGUGCUUUCCGCGUCAGUGUCAGCUGAACUAAUCAUGUGUAAAUAACAUCACUCAUGAGUACCCGACUGUCUCAGCCAUUUAUUGUCGUGUGUACAAAUACCCCUCCUUUAGCUUGGGUUCUCUUGACCUUCUUUUGUGAAGCUCCAAAAUAUUCCUGCUGUACCUUUUGCAUGUUUGUGUCUUAUUUGUGUUUGGUUUCGUAUACCAAGGACUAAUAAACUGCAGCAUGCAACUUGAUGUAUGCUACACAGUGUAAAGCAACUUACACAGUGCUGUUUUAUAAUACACAAUUUAUAUUGUUAUGCAACAAAUGCAAAAUUAAAUUUGUGUUCCCUGCAGGAGGGGAUUUGUCGUCCUUUCCUCUCAUCCCUUGCAAAAAACUUCUCAUGGUGCUGUAACAUUGUCAAGUGUUAAUGCAGUGUUUUUGCAGUUAAGGCUGCUUAUGUGGUAGUGAAGCACACAUUCAUUUGUUCAUCUGUCUUAGCAGUUUAUUGAUGCUAGAGUAUUUUGUAUUCAUCAUUGUCACGUCUGCAACAGUACUUUUAGUUUGAAAUACAGAUAUUCACAGAAUAAAUGGAAUAGUAGAUAUUACAGACAGAAUUCAGCACAGCUAUGUGUCUCUUUACAAUGUACCCACACUUUAAGCAGUUUUUGUUCUUUCAAAUUUCUUGUUGUGUAUUCCAUUUCCUAUUUGCUCCUCAGGUUGACACCCGUCAUGUUUGUAGUUCUUUGCUUAGCACAUUUGUCAUUUGCUGCUGUUUUAGUUAUUUCUGUCAUCUUUACCUUGUAACAUGGCAAUUUGAAGGCGUUUCUCAUCAUAACACAUAAUUUCAGGCAUACACUUUUGAAUAACUUGCCCUGUGGAAGUAGUUCUGUGGAUUUUUGUUAGCUUAAAAACGUAUGUAAGUUACCUUGACACAAGAAUGCAGUAAAAUUUACGGUUUCAUAUUUGCAUGCUACAUUAAAUGUUGGUGCUGUUUUACUUCGUUGUUAUACAUUUGUACAUUCGUUUUUGAUUAUCCUUCUAGCUUUAUGAAGAUAUUAACUUGACCUAGCAUGAAGCAAGUGUUGACUGGCUAUUGGUAGUAUUUCUCUGAGUCUGGGGAUGGAUGCACACGGACAGACACAAAGCAGGGGAGACGAGACUCAAACCAACAAAUGAGCUUUAAUUUUGGAGGUACAACGAUAAAAAUCGAAAAGACAAGGGAGGGAAAAGUAGAGCGCACCUUUCGCUUCCCUCAUCUUUUUCUUUUUUUUUUUUUUUUUUUUUUUUUAUUGUUGUGCCUUGUUAUACUUUCUGUAUUAAAAGCUCAUUUGCUGGCUUGAGUCUCGUAACACCCGUUUUGUGCCUGUCAUUGUGCAUAUAUCUCCAGAGUCUGGGAACAUUUCACCCACAACUAGCCUACACCCGCUUGCUUGCAUACGCUUUCUAUGUUCUACAAGUUUUAGUUGUUCUGUUUUCUUUUUUUGUGUGUCAAGUCAUGAAAUGUGCAAUUUUUUAAGCACAUAAGCUUAGUCUAAACGCGUUUUGGGAACUUGUAGGGAAAUUUUGAUGCAACUUUGGAGUGAAUGGAAUGUGAUGAUUGUGUGUGGCUGUAAUCAAAUGUCGAUGUAUAUAAAGUUGUAAAUGCUCGAAUGUCAUUUCAUUUUUGGAUGUAUCUGGCUGUGUGCAAUAUUGGCUGUGUAGUGAAACAAAGAUGCCCAGUGAUUUAUUCGGAAUCGCAGGUCACAAAAAUUGGGGUAGUGGGCUCCUAUUAAAAUGGCUUUGUUACCACUUUCAUAAAUUAAUGUAAAAAUGCUCUAAAUCCAUGUUGCAAGACUCCCACUUUUGAAGGAAUCAUGCAGGACUUGUCUCCCAAAUAUAUCAAGCAAAGUCCAAUGCAAAUGCAAUCCUGCGUUCGGAAGUUAUUACGUACGUGCUGUGAGAGAGGCCCUUGCUCUCUCCCUCGGUCUCCACAAAUAUAAUAUGUACCCGUGUAGUACAUUUGUAUUAUCGUGGAAAACGACACAUGUACCUCUUCAUGGGGAGAUUGAGGCAUACCUGUUCCCAUGGUAACUGCCCGCUCUUCUGCAGGAAAAUUUUCUGUUUGUCAUUACACUUUAUCUAUCCAUCUCUAGCAACUGCAUUGUUUGUAAAUGUCAUUAAAAAACAGCAUGCUUCGACGAGAACUAUAGCAUUGUGCGUUGAGUAUACGGACUACAACAUUACAUAUGGUGCAUUAAAUACGUGUGGUUAGAGAUGGUUUUGCAACCCCUAUAAACAAUCAAUCAACCUCAAUAAAUAUCAAGUAAAGCAACUGCCAAUACAAGAGCCUGUGAUUUUAACAAACAUAUAAUCCACAUUCUUCUAUAUUGCGCAAAGACUGUACUGAAAUGCUCGGACACCUCUCUGCAAACAAUACGAAACUGCGAAAAACCUGUGUGGCUCUAAGGAUCCUUUCGGUCCAUUUGCCACUCUGAUUGCUUUUUAUGCCUGUGGUUUGAUUGAGCACAAGCUUCAGUUAUCAUGUUAAUCACAAGUUCUACAGGUGCUACACAAUAAAAAGUCCGUACGAUGAACUGACAUAUUAUAGCCUUAUUUGCUUGUGUUCCAGAAUUACCCCACUGAUCAGCAAUGCUAUAGAUAAAUUCCCCCCAGAAACAAAUUCUCCUGCAAAGACACCACCACAGUUUCCACUCACAGAAUUCCAGAACAAAACACUUAUGGUUCAUCUUAUUUAGCCAUAUUUUUUAUGCAGUCCAGUUCUGAAGGAAAUCAAAACAUGAGACUGCAUUUCUGUGUUUGGGACAACUUGUCUUACAUGAUCUUGCACCACACUAAAUGGGAUUGGUGGGAAAUGUCAGUGAAAUGUCCGUAUAAAUCAUUGGAACCUGUUGUUUCACACGUGCCCUGGCACGCUGUCUUGCUGUGGUCAUGUGUAAAUAUGAUUGCCAUUAAAAUGCUUCACUGUUCUUC